AUGGCUUCGUAUAUAAACAAAAUUGUAAAUGAUACAGAUAAUAGUGAUAUGACUAAUAUUGUAAAACAGAUGAAACGAUUUCAACAAUCAUCAUCAAUAGCAAGAAAUAAUCUACCAAAAAAGUCUACACCUAUUCCCAUUAUUAAACCACUAAAUCCUAAUCAUAUUAAAGAUUAUUAUAUAUGGGCUCUAGUGGCAACAAUAUUUUGUUUUUUUACUAUUGGACCAAUUAUUGCACUUUAUGACAGUAAACGUAUUCAAAAAUUGAAAGACAACAAAGAACUUAUUAAUGCUGAUAAACUUUCACAUAAAGUGGGUAAUGUAUUAGUUAUAUCCAGUAUCAUUGGUGCCAUCAUUUGGGGAGGAAUUAUUAUUGUUAUUACUUGUAUAUUCUUUUAUGGUUUAUUCGUACAAUGA